CACGUACCUCCCCCAUAUCCUCUUCGAACUUCGAUGCAUGCACUUCUCUAAGCUCUCUUACCUAUUAAUGUUUCGUAAGUGGUCACCAAUCACACCGGUCCUCCAUGUUUAGCCUAAGCUCCCCUCCCCUAGCUCUCGAGAGGAAGCUAAAGCUCUCCACCACCUACACUAUUCUCCUAGUGAUGUUCCUCUUCACUCUCUACAUCACCUCAUGUGAAGCUCGUCGUCUCCGCGUCAAUGGCAAGCACUCAAGCAGCAGCAAGUCUUCCUCGUCAUCCCAGGAUGCGGCAGAGGUUGCUAAUGCCCAGAAGAAAACGAGAAGCUCGUUGAUGGUUCACGAUGCGGGGAAGAAGGCUCGAGCUGCCGGAAGCAGCAUCGAUCAGCCGACGGGCGCGGGAGCAACAUUGAUCAAUCGAUCAGGUGGAAUACGAAACACCACGCAUGCCGCUAGGGUUUCGCAGCAGCUUCCUCAUCGCAAGCACGUGGAUGAUCAGGGAAUUCACCUGGAUUAUGCUCAGCCUAGAACCCGCACUCCGUAUCACAACUGAACAUAUAUACAUCGAUCACGGAUGGGAGCCGUUCAUGAGAUGACAUUUAUGUCGUCGUGAUCAUUUAUCUAGUUAUAUCAUGUAUAUUUCUCCUUGAAUCUCACUAGCUAGCUACCAGCAGCUUCAAGCCGUAUCUGUGUUUCCGCUAUAUGUCUAGUGAUUUUCUUGCAACUUUAA